CUGAAAACUUCAGGGAAAAAGAAAAAACCUUUUGAGUCUGUUUUUUCCUGUGGAGGGUUUCUUUUUCUAAAAGGUAUACAAAUGCUCUCAGUCCAGCCAGACACCAAGCCGAAAGGUUGUGCUGGCUGCAACCGUAAGAUUAAAGACCGGUAUCUUCUAAAGGCCCUGGACAAAUAUUGGCAUGAAGACUGCCUGAAAUGUGCCUGCUGUGACUGUCGCCUGGGGGAGGUGGGCUCUACCUUGUACACCAAAGCCAACCUUAUCCUUUGUCGCAGAGACUAUCUGAGGUUAUUUGGCGUUACAGGAAACUGUGCUGCCUGCAGUAAGCUCAUACCUGCUUUUGAGAUGGUGAUGAGAGCAAAGGACAAUGUUUAUCACCUGGACUGUUUUGCAUGUCAACUUUGUAAUCAGAGAUUUUGCGUUGGAGACAAAUUUUUCCUGAAGAACAACAUGAUUCUGUGCCAGACAGACUAUGAGGAGGGUUUAAUGAAAGAAGGUUAUGCACCCCAGGUUCGCUGAUCUGAUGCCACAUCAUUAAGAAUACAAAGCACUAUGUUCUUUUAUCUUUUUUGCUCAACAUGUAUAUAAGAAAUGACACAGGAACCUACUGAAUAGCAUAGAUAUAGGGAGACAGAAUGGUUGCGUGAAAUAA